CCCGCCGCCGCUGCCCCUCGGCCCGGCCCGGCUCCGCGGCCGCUUUUCCGUUCUCUGCGUCAAUGCGGCGCCGCCGCCCCGCGGCCUGGCUCGGCCAUGGACACCAGCGACUUGUUCACCAGCUGCAAGAAGGGCGACGUGAGCCGCGUGCGAUACCUUCUUGAGCAGCGAGAUGUGGAAAUCAAUGUCCGUGAUAAGUGGGACAGUACACCCCUGUAUUACGCCUGUCUGUGUGGACAUGAGGAGCUUGUACGUUAUCUUCUAGCCAAUGGAGCAAAGUGUGAGGCGAACACUUUUGAUGGGGAGCGCUGUUUGUACGGGGCUCUGAGCGACGCCAUCCGCCGGCUGCUGAAGGAGUACAAGCAGAUCACAGCCAAGUGCAUGAGGAGGGACUACUAUGAUGUGUUCCUGCAGAGGCUGCUGGAGCAGGGUUACCAGAGUGACAUUGUUUUCAUCGUCCAUGGCAAAUCCUUCUGUGCCCACCGCUGCAUCCUCAGCGCCCGCAGCGCCUACUUUGCAGAGAUGUUUGAGACCAAAUGGAAGGGGAAAAACAUGAUAGUGUUGAAGCACCCACUGAUUAACCCAGCAGCCUUUGGAGCUCUUCUGCAGUAUCUAUACACAGGUCGCCUGGAUAUCGAUGUAGAAUAUGUCAGUGAUUGCAAGAGGUUGGCCAAGCAGUGUCGGCUGCAGGACCUCAUUGAUGAUUUGGAGACCAAAUGUAAAAAAGUCUAUGAAUUUGUCUCUUCCAAGCCAGGGACCUGUGUGAAAGUGCUGACCAUUGAGCCCACAGGUAACUGCCGGCUGCAGGAAGAUCUGGCUCUCCUGGCAGACUGCGCCCUGCCAGCUGAACUGCGGGUUGGUUUUGGGGAGUUGCCCUUUGACAGCACUGACAACUUCAACAGCUGUCCCGACGUGUGUUUCCGUGUGGAGGAUUACAACUUCUUGUGCCAUAAGGCAUUUUUCUGUGGUCGCAGUGAUUAUUUCAAAGCUCUUCUUGAAGAUCAUUUCAGUGAGAGUGAGGAGCUACAGACACAGCCCAGCAUCCCUGUGGUGACUCUGCACAACAUCUCUGAAGACAUCUUCAUCCGGGUCCUCUACUACAUCUACAGUGAUGAUACAGAGCUGUCCCCAGAGAACGCCUACGACGUGCUGUGUGUGGCUGACAUGUACCUGCUGCCCGGGCUCAAGCGCCUCUGCGGCCGGACCCUGGCGCAGAUCCUCGACGAGGACAACAUCAUCAGCAUCUGGAGGAUUGCAAAGCUCUUCCAGCUGACCCGACUGGAGGACCAGUGCACUGAGUACAUGGCCAAGAUCAUUGAGAAGCUGGUGGAGCUGGAGGAGUUUGCAGCAGCUGUGAAGGAGAACGCAGAGGCCGUGGAGGAGCGGCAAGAGACUGACUCCAUCCCUCUGGUCGAUGACAUCCGCUUCCACAUCACCAGCAACGUGCAGACUUACAGUGCCAUUGAGGAAGCCAACCAGAAACUUGAAGCUCUAGAGAACCUCCUGGCCAGCAUAGGGCUCGAGUGCUGAUGUGUGCAAACCCUGCCUGUCAUUUGCAGCCUGCACAGCCCUCACUGCGUUGGCUCGGAGUGCAAGAACAUCUGAGUCUGAAUGUCCCACUCCCAUUCCUUGUCCUCCUUCCCAUCCACCUUCAGGCAUGGUUUCUUUUUAAUUUAUUUGUGUCUGGACAUUUGCAUUUCUGGUUUGUGUUUGGUUUUACUUUUUUGUUUCUCCUUUCAGAAGUAGCUCCCAAACUCAGCCUAAGUCAGUAGCUGCUCCUUUGUACAAUACACUGUGGAGAGGAGACCGUGAGCUGUUGGGAAUGGUGAAGGAGCUGUUCUGGGGACUUCCUACUGCCUGGGGUUAGAACCCAUCCCAUUCUGUGGUUCAGUACAACACACUUCUGAAACUGGCUUAUGCCAGCAGCAGAGGAAGAAAACUGGAUUAAAGUCUUAAUAAGUAUAUGGGAAAGGAGGUCAUCACUGUUGCUGUCAGCAUUAUAGGACUGGCAGAACUGGGCAGUGCUUCCCUAAUGGGACAGAGAGGUACUUGGCUAUGUGGAAGGCACUGUCUUCACCUGCUAUUUUAGUACUUAGAUGGAAAAAAAAAACAAACAAAAAAAAAAGUGAUUUCCAGGUCUUCCCUAGCUUUUCAUUGCUUUGAAGUGCUCAGAAUUUAAAAGCUUUGCUUUCUGAAUAAGCAUCUUUGGGAAUACAGUAGAGACCAGAAUCCUUCCAUUCUUAGAAAGCAGUAGCUUUCAAUGCACAAAAGAAGGAAGAGCAGAGCUCUUAAAGAGGGGAUGGAAACACCUUCUUCUUGGAAACAGCACUUUUCCCUUUAUUUUUGUCCACUGUGGUAGGGCAAGGCUGACUUGCUGGUGGGUCUGGGAAGAGGGGUCACUGGAAAUCUCUUUCAAAAGGAAAGGGCCCUUUUGGGGCUCUCAUAGGGCUGCUGUCCCACUCUGUGACCUUCUGGCUUUGCUCAGCCUUGAGCCUUGCAGCUUCAUUGUUCUCCAGGAAAUUCACUGUCUGUACUAAUGAAUGUUUUUGAAUCUGUAUUUUGCAGUAGGUCAUGUUAUCUCAUGUUGUCUGCCUGGAUUCUUAAUGAGGGCAGUGGUGUUCCCUCUCCUUGGCACUAAUCAGCAGGUGAUAACCCUGCAUAGCCUUGCCUUGCCAGAUAGGCUGCCCUUGGAGCUGUGCUUCUCUGGAAUGGUGUUGGGAGAGUCUCCAGGGUGCAGGCUGGGUGCACCUUCCCAUGCUGUGCUUUGGGGGGAGGGAGAAGCAGCAUUGAGUGAAGCACAUGCACUGGGCUGCUGUGACCACCUCAUACAAUCAUUUUGGUCAACUCCUGAGGCAAGAGCUUGAAUAGACUGUGCCAGAGGUGCUUUUAUUAUGUGAUGUGGGAGCUGGGCAAGGAUCCCCUGCAGCUUUGGGGUGUUGUUUUCUGUAAUGGUGGGGGUGCCUCUCAUGGCUAAGGGGUU